CUAUUUUAGCAUUGAAGAUAUUGUUGAACACAAUGGUCAGCAAAUUAGAAGCCACGGUACGCGAUAUAGCAACGGAUAAAAAGCGUCGUAAGACGAGCUCUACCAGUAACGCCGAAGGAGUGGCUGUGGCAACGAAAGUGACUAAGGAGGAUGUUUAUUCGAACACCAUCGAGUUUGAGGAGCAGGAAGCCGGCAAGCGGUCUUCUGUGAAAGAUGCGCAACUGUUCCACGCCACCUGCGAUGAGCUCCGAGAUCUGUUUGCCGAGAUCGCCAAACUAAAGUCAGAAAACAGCGACGAAGCGAGAUUGAAAGUAGCCGAAAAGCGAAUCGAGGGUUCGCUGGCUUUCGUCUUGCUUAAAAAGCUAAACCGGCUGGACAAGGUGCGCAUCCGAGACGGCCGAGAGGCGCUGCAUAAGGAGAAGCUACGCGUGGACAGCAACCGAUUGCAGUUGCAGAACCUACUGUACGAGGCGGAGCAUUUGAAGCGCGAGGUGCAGCGUUGCUACCUUUUCAAAAGUCAGGACGAAGAGAUUGAGCUCGUGCCGGUGGAGGAGUUUUAUCAGCGUGCCCCCAAAACGGUUUCCCAGCCGGAAAAGACCAAGACGGAUGAGCAUUCACGCCGCAUUGCACGUCUGGAGUGGGAACUGCAGCAGCGCAAGGAGCUGGAUGCCCACUUGAAGGUACUGCAAACCUUGAAGGAAGCGAUGCACAAGGACAUAGUUGCCAAGUCCGAGCGCCUCGAUUCUCUGGCUCCGCGGCUGCAAGAUCUGCUGGUGGCAACGAGACCGCUGCAAGAAGCGCUGCAAAUGCCAAUUGAAAAAGGAUGGGAAGUACAGAAAAACGUCCGGUUACUGGCUCAACCUUUGUACCUCCUGUAUGCCAAUGUCACCGCCUACGGAGACGCUUGUGACAACCUUUUGUCAACCUCGAUUCAUGGCGACGAAGAGGAAGCCAAACAGAUCGAAACUAUGUUACAACACGAAGCCAGCAGCCAGUGUGGAAACGAUUCCGGAAGCAACCGUGACCGGGCAGAUUCUGAUAAUGAUGACAACGAACAAGAACUCGAACGUGGCACCAAAAAGCGCCACCAUCGCAGUCAAACGAAAACGAACUUGACCGAACAGAAGCGCGAGAGUCUGUUCAAGGCACAUCCGCUCUGCGUAACUGUGACAAUUCGAGUGAAAAAUCGAGCGACGGGUGCAGCUCCUGGGCCGGGAUUAGCGAUGACCUUUUCCUAUCUGCCCAAUAUGAACAUUGUGACAAUGAACUGUGCGUUGGUAGAUUUGCAACCGUCCGGGGUCGCAGCCGGUGAUGUACUUUCGCUGGACACUGUGCUGACGGAACUGUUUCCCAACGACACCGGCACCGAGAGCCCAAACCCGAAAACAAAAUAUCAACUACAGAAUGUCUCGAUCGACGCGCAUGAGUUAGUGCAGCUGCUGAAAGACAAAGGACUCGGUAAACCUUUUCGUUGGGUACAAGAGCUGUGCGGUUUGGAGUUUAUUUACCCCACGUACAGCGGAUCGCGUGGGCAUUCGACCAGUGGCGAGAGUGGUCUAACCGGGGCAACAGGACGAUGUCAUGAAACGAUCCCCUCCAUUAUCCGAACGAUCCGUACGCGAUGGGAGGCGCGACUGCAGCUAUAUCAGCAGAUUUACGACCUAGAAAGCAAGUUGAUUGACACGUCAAUCAACGAUGAGCACGGCCACCCGAUUCGCAUCUCGAGCACGUUGCUCCAGUGGAGCUCAAUCACCCAUGAGGAUUACGUUGCAUCUGGCACAGCGGGCAAGUUUCUGGACGAUGCCGUUGCCAGCAGCAGUGAUUUAUUUUUCAGAGCAAUCGUGAUCCGGGGAUCGGCCAAGCUGGAAAGCUAUAUCUGUGUUCCGUGUCGCUACCCGGAAGAAGCACCGUUGUGGUCUUUCUCGCUCAACUGGAACGGGAAGCAUACCGCUGAUCGCGAUAGCUCUGUUCGGGAGAUGGAGUACUGGUGUAACAGCUUGGCGGGUGCCGAACAUAGAGAAUGCCUAUUGCCGUUGCAACUGAAGCGGGCCAUGUCCUGUUUGGACAUUUAUCUGGAAACCGAAGGACCCUACUACACACCGGCCGAGUUCGUUCAGGAUAAGAGCUUCCUAAAGCCCUUCCGUGGUCGCACCCGGGCGAGACCUUUCCGCAUUGCACCGAAUGGCGGUAGUUCGCUGUUUACGCAAAUUUAAACACUAAUCUGGGACAAACUGAUGUAAAUGCUGCAUUUUGCCACAAAUAUAUUCUUUC